AUGACUUUCAUCAAAAUACUGUGCUUCGUAUUAAUCGUUGUGAUCUGUACGGUUCUCGUAGAAUGUCGCAGUUAUAAUAACGGUUUAAUAUUCUAUAAUUUAGAAAAUCAACAGACUUACCUACCACCCACUAUAUCGGUAUCGCGCGGUCGUGGCCUGGCCAAAUUCCAAUAUUCAGCACGCGGCUCCAUUUGGUCAACGUUUGGGAAACCCUGUGACUGUGAAGGCCCCUUGUGCGGCUGUUGUGUUGGCAUCAAAGUGAAACAAUAUAAUUUUGAUCAAAAAAUGUGCGCCAAUGUCACCUAUGUCCCCCGUAAAGAUGAAAUCCAAAUGGAAGUAUUUCUCAAUGACACCGCCACAGCCAAAUAUGGCAUUGCAGCACGCAACCCUUCACCGCUCUGUGUACCCAUCAUGAUGGGUAUACCAAUGUCAAUGUGUGUACAAAUGUCCAAUAUCGGAGUGCAAGGCGAUAACCUAAAUAUGUGCAUGGAUUUCCUGGUGCGUCUAGCAUCGACACAGCUCUUUGAAAUGCACUUUCAAUGCAUGAAAGUGGGUUUGCAGGGAGCCAGUUGGGUGGGAGCAGAUGGUCAACCGGUUAUACCAGCAAAUGAGGGUAAAAUAAAGGAAAUAAAUAGUAAUGAAUCGGAGGAGUACUAUGAUGAAAGUGAAGCAGAUGAAGAAAAUGAAAUUAUAUCGAAAGAAAAGGAACAGGAAAAUGAGGUAAUGAAUAUAGAGGAGGAAGAUGUAAAUAAAGCUGAAGAGGAAGUGGAUUAUAAUGAUAUAACGGAGAAAAUAAUGGAUAUUGUUAAAGAACAAGAACAUGAGGAGGAAGCUGAUGCAAUGAAAGAUAGUGCUGAAUUGAUGAAGGAAAAUGAAAUAGAGGGAUUAAGUCCCAUACAAGAUAAUAAGCAAGUAGAGGCAAUUGUGACAAAUAUAAUGGAGAGUAUAAAUGCGGGCAAGGAUUCAGAAGAGAUUGGGCCAAGUGAAAUGCCGAAUGUGGAAAGUGUUCAAGAAUCGAAUGUUUUAAAUGACACUAAAGAACAUGAAGAAACCCCAAUUGCUGUAGAAACUGAAGAAAAUGAUAUGGAAAAUAUGGAGAGCAUUAUGGAAACAAAUGAUUUACAAGACUCUGAAAUAAAAACCUCAGAGCUUAGUGAUGCUGAAGAGAGUAAGGAAGAAUCAGAAUCAUUACAGCUAGAGAUAAAUGAUCUAAAAGAUACAGCUGUAGACCAUAUGGAAAUGGUGGAUAGUAAUGAAAAUAUUAAAGAUCAGGCAAAUUUAGAUGAUUUUUCUAAUAACUCUUUGCAAGAUGAGCUGCAUUUAGAGAAUUUGUUUGAAAACUCCCAAGACACACAGCUACAAAUUGAAAACAAUGUUGAACAACCACAAAAACAGAAUAAUGAGAUUAUGAAAGACAUGUUUGUACCGACUGUAGCAAGUCAAGAAUCUACCAUGGACAUGGUAGAAGAAACUUAUGCGGAAACAACAGAGAACAUUUCUGAUGAUUUGGAAUCUGCUAACAUUGAAAAAUUUGAAAUGUUAAUCAAUAAUGAUGGCGCACAAGAAGAAACCACUGACAUAAACAAAAUGGAUAAUGAGCUAAACAGCUCUUUGGAAAUUCUCCAACAGCCAAUGGAAACUAGUACUGAACGUUUAAUGGCAGCUAAUUUAAAACCAACUAUGCCUCAAAUAGCAGCAACUACUAGUGAAACUGCGGGUAUUGAUAGCAUAGAUAAUGCUUUAACAACUGCCGCAAUUAUGACCACAAAAACAACAACAAAAAAGCCAAGUGUAGCGGAUAAAAACUCAGCUGCGGCAAUAACAUUUAUUGAAAAUACUGAUGACGAUGAUAAAACUAAUAAUGAAGAUGACGAAGACGAAGACAACGUAAAUGUCGAUGGUGAUAAUAGUCAUGAAAAUGACAGUGAUUAUGAUGAUGAUGAAGAAGAAAGCGAAGAGACAGAAGACGAAACAACAGAGAAAGGAAUAGAUACUAAUGAUGCCUUCAACGCUGUUGUUAUGCCAACUACAGCCGUUUUGAAACACGAAAAUAUCAUCAACCAUAAAGAAUCCUCAACAACCGAACAACUGCCAAAUGCAUCCAAUAGCAAUGAAUCCAACUCUAAUGAUGAAACAAAUGAAAAUACCCAAGAUGAAUUCGAGGCUGAAGAGGAGGAAAAUGAAGAUGCAGAAGAACUGGCAGAGUCUAAUGAACAAAUCGAAAACGAUGCUGAGGAGGAGUACGAUGAUGAGUUUGAGGAUUACGAAACAACCACAGCAACAGUAGCUGUAAGUGAUAAUGACACAUGUUGCAAAUCUGCAAUACCAGCUGUCUUAAAUGACAUGCAAGCCGCAACAAUUAAGAAGCAUGAUGACACCACUAAUACCACAGAUAUUCAACAAACUAAUACUGCAGCAACAAGUAAUAAUUUACAAUUUAUAAGCAAUACCAAUACCAUGAUUAGUAAUACCGACAGUAAUAUGUUAAAUGUUGAAUCAACUACUAACAAAAUGUCACAAAUCACUGCUAACCCAGCUGCAGCCACAAUUGCAGUGUCUACCACCAGUAAGAGCAAUGCAAUGCCCCUGCCGUUGGCUCGUAAAUUAUUUGCACUUCAACGCCAGCAACAGCAGUAUCAGCAAUAUCAUCAUCGUCAUAGUCGUCUACGUCAGCAUUACGUUUAA